GUGCACAUGCGUACUGAGGACUGGGUCUCCAAUGACGUUGGUGUAUGUUUCUCCCUGCUGCAGCUCCUUUUCCUUGGACACUCCUAGCGUUCUUCCACUGAGCCGGUUAUUGCAACCCACCCCCGGGAAACCAUGGCCGAGCAGGCCUCGGGAUCCGCCCUGCCGCCUCAGCAUGACGCAGGGGGACUGCAGCAGUCCGCACCGACGUCCGAACAGGAUUUCACCAAGUUCAAGCAGCAGCUGGAGAUGGAGUUUAACCAAAAGCGGGCCAAAUUCAAGGAGCUCUAUCUGUCAAAAGAAGAGGAGCUGAAGAGGCAGGGUGCCACCCUGGAGUCCGUGCAGGCGGAGCUGAGCCGGGUGCAGGCCCAGCUCACAGUUGCCGAAGGGGAAAUGGAGAACAUCAAGGCGGUGGCCACGGUUUCCGAGAGCACCAAACAGGAGGCCAUUGACCAGGUGAAGAGGCAGUGGCAGGAGGAGGUGGCCUCGCUACAGGCCAUCAUGAAAGACACCGUGCGGGAGUACGAGGUGCAGUUCCACCAGCGGCUGGAGCAGGAGCGGGCGCAGUGGGCGCAGUACCGCGAGGCCGUGGAGCGGGAGAUGGCGGAGCUGAGGCGUCGCCUCUCCGAGGGCCAGGAGGAGGAGAACCUGGAGAAUGAUAUGAAGAAGGCUCAGGAGGAUGCUGAGAAGCUCCGGUCGGUGGUGAUGCCAAUGGAGCAUGAAAUCGCCGCGCUGAAAAGCAAGCUGACCGUGGCCGAAGACCGGGUGAAAGAACUGGAGGCCUCCAAGGUGAAGGAGCUCAAUCACGUCCUGGAGGCAGAAAAAUCAUGCCGCACUGACCUGGAAAUGUACGUGGCCGUCCUUAAUACCCAGAAGUCCGUUCUUCAGGAGGACGCGGAGAAACUGCGGAAAGAACUACACGAAGUGUGCCACCUGCUGGAGCUGGAGAGGCAGCAGCACAACCAGCUCAAGCACACCUGGCAGAGGGCCAACGACCAGUUCCUGGAGUCCCAGCGGCUGCUCAUGAGGGACAUGCAGAGGAUCGAGAGCGUGCUGUCCUCCGAGCAGCUCCGUCAGGUGGAGGAGGUGAAGAAGAGGGACCAGGAGGAUGAUGAGAAACAGCGAAUCAGCCAGGCCAAAGAGCUGAAAGAGGAAGACAGCACAGAGCAGGCGGAGCCUGCAGAAGACUCGCUCCUGGGCCUGUCUACCGAUGAGGCCCACACGAACCACAGCAUGCACAGCUCCCUGCACUCCCUGGACGCGGACCCGACGGGCGGCCCGGAGGGCGCGGACCUCUACAAGGACGGGCUGCGCAGGGUGCAGUCCACAGACAGCCUGGGCUCCUCGGGGGGCCUGCAGCAGCCCCGCGGCCUGGGCUACAACCACAAGGCCAAGUCGGCCAGCAACCUGGACGAGUCGGACUUCGGGCCGCUGGUGGGCGCGGACUGCGGGGGCGCGGAGAGCCUGGACUCGGCGUCCGUCAGCUCCAUCCCGCUCUCCACGGGCCACUUCCUGCUCACCAAGGACCAGGAGAAGGCCAUCAAGGCCAUGACCCCCGAGCAGGAGGAGACGGCCUCCCUGCUCUCCAGCAUCUCCCAGGCCCCCGACUCGGCCUACCUGCCCCCCUCCGGGUACAGGCUGGUCAGCGAGUGCGAGUGGAACCUGCUGCAGCAGGAGGUGAAGAACGCCGGGCGGAAGUUGGGCCGUCGUUGUGACAUGUGCUCCAACUAUGAGAAACAGCUGCAGGUCAUCCAAGGCCAAGAGGCAGAGACGCGCGAUCAGGUGAAGAAGCUGCAGGUGAUGCUCCGACAGGCCAAUGAUCAGCUGGAGAGAACCAUUACUGAGAAACAGGAGCUGGAGGACUCUGUGAAACAGACCAGCGAGGAAACCACUGCCAAGGUCACCACUCUCAUGCAGAAGGUCCAGGAGUCUGAGACCUUGCUCAGCACUCUGCAGCAGGCCUUCAGCCAAGCCAAGAGGAGCACGCAGGAGCAGAUGGCGGUGCUCAUGCAGUCCAGGGAGCAGGUGGCCGAUGAGCUGAGCAGGCUACAGAGGGACAACGAGAGCUUACAGGGGAAACACCGGCUGCAUCUCUCCCUGCAGCAGCAGGAGGACUUCCAGAUGCCCUCCAGUGUACAGGAGCUGCAGGCUCUGGUGCUGGCCUACCGGGAGGACGUCGUGGCCGUGCGCACCGCGGCUGACCACCUGGAGGAGAAGCUGAAGGCCGAGAUCCUCUUCCUCAAGGAGCAGAUCCAGGCCGAGCAGUGCCUGAAGGAGAACCUGGAGGACACGCUGCAGCUGGAGAUCGAAGGCUGCAAGGAGGAGAUCGCAUCGUUCUCCAGUCUGAAAACCGAGCUGGAGAGAGUGAAGACUGAAAAAGAACAGUUGGAGCGCAGUUUGUCGGAGAAGACUCAGGCGCUGGACAGCCUGCAAGGUCUGAAGACUAGCCUGGAGGAGCAGCUGAAGGAGGCGACCGCUGCCAAGGCGUCGCUGGAAAGCCAGGCGUUUGACGAGAAGGACAAAGCGCAGAGGUUGCAGACGGAGCUGGACGUCAGCGAGCAGGUGCAGAGGGACUUCGUCAAGCUCUCCCAGACGCUCCAGGUUCAGUUGGAACGCAUCCGCCAGGCCGACUCCUUGGAUCGAAUCCGCGCCAUCCUCAACGACACCAACCUGACUGACAUCAGCCAGCUUCCUGAGACAUGAUACACCACCCUGAACCCCAGCCACCGCCCCAGCAAACCCGAACCCAACCCGAGCCAGCCCGCCCCCACCCCACCUCCGGCAUUACCAUGCCCUGGUUCCCCAAGGGCCUUAGUACCCAUGUGAGGGCCUGGGAGGUAGGAGGGACUUUAUUUUUAAAAACCCAAGAUCGCACAUGGAGGACGAAAAACCAAAAAAGAAAAACCCCACAUAUAAGAGAAAAAGGAAAAAAAAUGGCCUUCCCUGUACAGGAAUGCAUGGAGGCGUCCAAGGCAGGAUUUGUGAAGAACACUACCAGACGUUUUGUAAAUAAUCAAAUGACUGUUGAGUCUUGAGGAGUGGAGAUGCCCGUGUGUCUGUCCUGUGUUUAUAAAUGUGAAACUAUCCUUUGACCUGCCGGAAAGGGGUCGUAUGGUCUUUCUUUCUUCUACAGCUUCUUCUUCAGGUGAUUGCAUCAAAAAUAUCCCACUUUAUUUCUACCAUGUCACACACUUGACAAACUGGCUGAUAUUCUCUCUUUCUCCGUGGUUCUGAUAUGGCUCUUAAUUCUCCACUUUGUCUGAAAGGCACGAGGCACGAAACCAAUGAAGGAAUCACAGAACGUUUGUAUAUACAGAAUAUAUAUAUUGGAUUGAUGAAGUAAUCUUUUAAAUGUGCUCUUACCUGGCCCCCGGUUUUUGUGAUGACCAGAACUAUGUUUUUAAUUUCCUUUUCCUGGUCCAUUAACCAUUUCACCCAGACAUCUUGUAUUACCGCAGUGUGAUUAUAUUUUCUGAUCGGCCACUGCUUCUAUUGAGUAUCCCUAUCUUCCUCGAUAAAGUUAUUCUCUGCAUCAGCUACCCUCUUAAAUCACUUAGAGUGUCUGUCCAUGCCUCUUUCAGUGGCUACUGUUUUUAACAUCACAUCAGGUGGAAAAACUACUGGAUUUCUUGUUCUUAACAAAGAUGUUUGAUCAAUUAUGAAAGGGAUCUUUAGAGAGGUUAAUAUAUGUAACCUCAAAUUUUUUGAAUGUUGCCUCUGAAAUUUUGUAGUAGGCAAUUCAAUACGGUUGGUUUGGUUGAUUUCAUACUAGACUCAUUUAGAUUCCAUUGGAUUUCAGAUUUGAAUUGGUGGGUUGAUUUUUGCCACCAACAGUAUGGAAAACAAGCAGCAUUUUGAACAUGGAAGUCAAAAUCUGAAUUUCCCAAUGUGAUUGGCUACCUUGAACCUGUACCACAGCACCUGUAUGAAUGAGCAUCCCUCAGUGAGAUGCAUACUUUUCUGCACAUUCAGCAAAAUACCCAAUGCUUGCAUUUCAUAUCCAGUGCUUGCAUUUAAUGAAUUUAUUGGGUGUGAUGUGAUGAUCAUGAUAGCUAUAGUGUGUUCUGUCCCUAGCUGUAGAAAACCUUUCCUUUUUAGUGAGCUCAGUGUGUGUGUGAAUACCUGCUAAGUGUUGUUUACACUUGAACAUCCCUUUUUCCUUCCACCUUUCGUGGUUUUGUCUGCUAGCUAUAGCUGCCAUGGUUUCAGUUCCUUUUUUUGUUCUUGGUUGGUGCUAGUCAUCAACGCUGUCUUAUUAGCAAUACGCACAAAAGUCCCUGUGGUGGCUCAUGUGGUUUUUAACUGUGGGCUUGUACGGCAUGUGAUAGAUGAGGCAGGAAGCCAGCCGAGGCUUCGCAGAGCACUACGAAAGCAUGGUGCAAUGACCUUUCCUGACAUUGAGAAGAAACUGAAGUACACAAGUAGGUGAAGCACUAAACUUUUUUACAGUGCUUGUGAGCAUUCCAUCAAAAAGUUUAUUCAAUUGGUUUCUUGACAAGAGUAUUUCAAUUCUCUGGGUUUUCAGUUGAUCCCAUUCCCUGCAAAUGACACCAUAUGAUGAAAGUGACUUCAACCUUCAGAUGAGCUUUGCAUUUUGUGGUCUGCAUUCUGUCCAUGAAAUAUUAGGCUUUUUUCCCCCAUUUAAAAUCAAUAAAAUGCUAUGUGGUGACCUGGUUCUAUAGUAUAACAACCUCACUCGCGUUGUAUGUGGUAAACACUAUCUAAAGCACAAAUUCUAAGUAGUAGUUUGUAAACAGCUUGCACACUACUUCCAAGAAGAUGACUUCUGUGAGAAAAUUCAGUAUAACAGUGGGGUUGUAGUCCUUUUCGGGCAAUUUGGAGUGACUUCUGCCAUCCAACAGCAUUGAAGGUGUGCUAACCCAGAAGCGUUUAGGCGCACCUCUACACAGCUCUAUUCUUCCACUAUCAGUACUCCGUACUGUUGUGUCAAAUGUUGAAAUGUUUCUUUUUUUGUCCUUCGGUGGAGUGCUCCUUUUUUGCCACCUACGGGUGCACAUUUACCAAAAAAAGCCUCCAGGGUGAAGUGGUUCGCGGUGAGUGAACGUGUAAAUAAAAAGUCACAUGAAAUGUAAAUAUUCUGUGAGUUUCAAAGUAGCGUGUCGUCAAUUAGCUUCGGAACCAGCAUUGUUGAAACUGUGGAAAAUGCAGAGAAUCUUAGGCCAAAGUGCAUAUUUAUGUGCAAGUGGGGAUUGAACUGAAUAGUUUUAUGAGGAAAUGAUGGUUGUCGUAACAGUGGUAAAUGAAAAAAGUACAUUGACCAGGCGGGCAACUGCUGCUCAUGUAGUUACAGAGUGUCAACCAAGGCUUAGUUUGCACUAAAUGAAAUUUAAAACAAAGUGUAAUACAGUAAACCAUGGUUGAGCAUGAAGGCAUGAUGUUCAAGAGCUUCUUACCCUUUAUAUCAGCUGCUUAAGACAGCUCCAACACUAUAUGUAUUUGCAGUAGCUCUCUACAUAACCUGACCUUUGGAACCAUUUCUCAGUGUAAAAAUGCAAGUAUUACUGACAAGAGCUCAGGUGGUGAUACUCUGAGCUUGUAGGGAUUUAACCAUAACCAAUGUUUCGCAGAGAAAAUAUGGCUGCAUUCAGCCUAGUUUGGCUGAAGUGGUGGAACUUCUUUCUUUGGCUGAUUUUUAUAGAUCUUGUCAGACGCGACAGCAUGAUUCAUUGUUUUGCCUUGUGUCAAAAAUAGCCUACAUAGGAAAAUGCUUCUUUAAAUAUUAUGCUGCUCAUCCUUUUUCAGAAUUGAAUAUCCACCCCAUGUUUUUUGUACUCAGGAUAAUGGUAAUAAACUCAGUUAACAUACAUGUUUAACUUGCAUGUCCUGGGCUCAGAGCUUUAUUCACUAUAGGCCACUAGUCAUGAGUGUAAAUGAACAGUACUUCUACUGUAGAUUGAUGUACGUUGGGAAGUGUGUCAAACAAUGAGAAGAGUACUUAGAACUGGGAAAUAGUUAAACAAGUCUGCAGCAUCGCUCAAAAUGUAAAACAUACAACAAUUACAGUGACUAGUUGUACGGCUGGUGUCAGUGAGGGUUUAGGGGCUAAUCCAGAUCUACUGUGUUUUUUUACAUUUGGAUUUCAGAAUGACAAACCAAUGACUGGAAGAGUCAGGAAGAAAAAAAAAAAAAACAUUUGCACAUUCAAGAGAACAGUCGCAUCCAUUCUUUAGUAUUAGGGACAACUGCCAAUGAGCCAGUUUUUUCUCACUGAAAUCAGGGAAGUAUGCCCUGCUGAUCUUUGAAGUCGGCAGCAGAAAUUAAAACAAUCUCCCAGCAUGCCUUGUUUAUUUUGGCAUCCAGCAAAGAAACCCAACCACAGGGACAGUGAGGGGGACAGUUAAAUGAGAUCUGGCAGGUGCUGCCACAGCACUCUAACAAUCUACACAUUCUGUAAAGGAGUGAGUGAUGCUAAUGAAUAAUCAUACAGAACGUUCUAGACAUUAGUACGCACUUCAUAGUAAUACACACGUCUUUUUUAGUGACUGACCAUAAUUAAAUGCCGUUUUGAAAUGUCAUUGGCAUCCAUCGUCCCCUGAGAUUCUUGUCAUUAGAUCUAAAAUGGCGAGCUUGACCGUGAAACAGAUUCAGAAAUGUGUUCCGUUGUCUCUUUCCUCUUAGAUGAAUACCAGUGCAUAGAAUCGCAACAGGUCUCUGAAGGCCCAGUCUUCUGUGUUCUGUCUAGGUUUCUGCAGACAGACAGACCAGUUAAUUUCUGGGAAGGGGGGAAAUCCUUCCAGAUUGUUAAAGGUGUUACAUUUUGGGUUUGUUUAAAUGCAUUUUUGGUAAAAAAUUAAGAACUCCUUAGACUUGUUUUUAUUGCUUUUUGGUUCUUCAGUGGUGUAUAGUGGAACAGGGCAUCAGAGCUGAGGUUCCUGAACAUUCUUGGUCCCAAAUGAUGAAAUGCUUAAAAAGGUGUCAUCUGCAAAAGGGAAAAAAAAAACUUCUGGCCAGUCCUCAGCCUAAACUGCAUCUCAUUUUGUGUUUAAAUUCCAAGAUUAAUUAUUUAAGUGCAAAAUGACGAUGUCCAGAUUCAGCUGCUGCUACAAAGGCCUUUUCUUGGCUUAGAUAAAUGAGCCUAGCCUCUCUUGCAGACGAUUCCAGAACACUGUAAAUUGAAAGCUUGUUUUAUACAGACUUCGUUGAAUACAAUGUUUUUCAAUUCCAAAUCAUACAGGGGAGAGGGCAUGUAGUAAAAAUGAAUUUAUCCAGUUGUACUCAUUGGUAUUGUGUGCAAGAGACAUAUUUAUACCAUUGUUUUGUAGCUCCUAACUAUCACCUCCCUUGGUUCAUCUUGAGACACCUUUAAACCUGAUUUUCCCCUCCCUUUCAUUGUGAUGGGGUUAAACAAUGGAGGAAAUAGUUUAAAUUCUUUCUGGGGUUUAACCGCGGCAGUAUCUGAAAUGGGAACAAAGAUACUGCCGUGACUAAUUUCCCUUUGAGUCAGUCACCCUGGCCUCAGUGUGAGGAAUCUCAGCUUUAAGACCUGUCCGAUUUUAACGUUCCUGUCUACAUGCUUUGUUGCCGUUGCGGGACCCCUUGCGAACUCAUACUGUACUGUGUACAUAUCUCUGUAUAUAUCUAAUAAACCAGAUUGUAAUUUA